ACGUCUGAACUGUCUAAACUGAUAAGAAAAAAAGUCAAGUUUAACAUGGCGUCGGCACCCGGUCCCCGAGAUUUACAACAGAUCGUAAGAGAUGGACUUAGUAUUCUAGUUUUGGCAUUUGGACACAAAGUCGGAUUAAUUGAUGCGUUACUCAAAGAACAAGGCCCCUGUUCUGCGGAAGAGCUAAGUCAGAAGACAGGUAAAAAGUUAAGGUACGUACAAGAAUGGCUGGGUUGUAUGAUUUCGGCAGGAAUUGUCAGACUUCAUGAGGACGGGAAAUACUCACUUCCAUAUGAAAAAUCACUGGUGAAACAAUGCGGAAGCAUUGCCUCCGUCCUUCCUAUACUCUGUGAGAUGUUCCCUCAACUAGAAAACGUAAUGGCAGAGGAUGGACCACGAGGUUACGGAUGCUAUGAGCCAUUUCUACAUUGGUGGGGCCAAUUUUUCACACCGGAAGCAGUUCAAAACUGGAUAAAAGAUCUGUUGAUCCCAGUGCUGGAACUCAGACAAGGAAGCCAGUUUACUCUGCUAGAUCUUGGAUGUGGUUACGGAAAAUUUACUUUAGAAAUAGCUAAAAUGUAUCCUGAGAGUAGCAUUUAUGGUAUUGACAUGGACAAGGUGUCCAUAGAUCAUGCCCAAGAAGAACUCUCAAAGAGUGAUAGGAAAAAUGUUCAAUUUAUCUACAGGAAAGGGGGAGAUCUUCCAGAGGAUUGGACAGAGAAGUUUGACUUUGUCUUCAUUAACGAUGUUCUUCACGAUUCGUUUGAGGUCGACGCCAUGCUUGAAGAAACAAAGAGGGUCGUGAAACCAGAUGGAUAUGUAGCAACAUAUGACCCUCCCAUAUCCUCGUAUCCCAACAAGCUAGUCAAUGAUCCAACAGCACAGAUGCAAUUGCCUUUGAGUCUCUUCUCUUGCCUUCCGUUGAGUUUAUCGGGUCCUUCUGGUGAGGGUUUGGGUGUAGGAUGGGGAUAUGAACGAAAGAAGAAAACAAUCGAAGAACAUGGAUUCCGACUGAUACAAGUUGGCGAUAACGACAUAAACACCAUACAACCACGUGUUGUCUUCCAAAAAUAAACUCAUAU